CACAGAACACCUACCAGUGACGUCACAUGUAUUAUGGCGUCGAAUGCUGAUCAGCUGUUCGUAUCUGAUGAUAAUUACUUACUCGUAGAUAUUUGCGCUAACCUGGUGAACAAAAAGUUUAAUCGAGACCUCGAGAGCGUCAUUCAGCGGGCCAAAGAUGCGGGUGUCAGAAAGAUGAUAGUUCUGGGCACAUCUUUGCACUCAACCAAGGAGGCCCUUCGGCUGACGCGAAUGCAUCCCGGCACCGUGUACUGUGCCGCUGGCAUCCACCCGCACGACGCCAAAUCUUGGGACGAUGACGAGGCGCUCGAAGUACUCCGGAGCGUCGCUUCGAAUCCCGAGUGCGUCGCCAUCGGCGAGUGCGGCUUGGACUUCAGCAAGGACUUCUCCUCUCCCGAGUGCCAGAUCCAAGUACUCGAGAAACAGAUGGAGCUGGCGUGCGAGCUGAACAAGCCACUAGUGCUUCGGGAGCGGGCAGCAUUUGAUGCCAUGGUGGAUUUGCUGGCACGGAGCCAGCUGCCAGCGCGUGUUGUGCUGCACUGCUUUGCGGGUAGCAGCGACCAGGCAGCGGCGUACCUAGCGCGCGGCUGCUACUUGGGCGUUGGUGGCCAGCUAUGGAAGGAACCAAAAGUCCUGCAGAGUGUGCCACCGGAGCGGAUCUUGCUGGAGAGCGACAGCCCCUUCUUAUGGCCCAACACACGUGCCCUGCCAUCCGAGUGGCGCACGGCGCUGCAGCCUCGUGCAGUGCGGCUGCUCGAGCGCUACUGUUCCUUUCAGCGGAAUGAGCCCUGCUGCCUGCCUGCGGUGCUUGAACUGACCGCAGCUGUGCUUGGAAUUGGACCCCAGGACUUGGCUCUGCGAACCACGUACACUGCACUCAGCAUUUUCGGCCUUGACUAAAGAGCAUUUCAAUACUUGGCAGAUCUGUUUCGCUUUAUGCCAUGCUGUGAUGGCCAUGUCAAGAUGUGGCCUAAGUGUGAAAUCAAUGUGUAGUUAGUUUCGUAAAUGCAUUUUUAGAAAAUCCGUGUAAUGAAAGUCACAGCUAUGUUCUUUAUUAUAGCCUGUCUCAUAAUCAUAUCAGCUUUCGCACGUGAAACCGAGAUGUUUAGUUGCUUCACGAGGCUACUACAUGUAACUACAUUGGUGCUUUUUCUGGAAACAGGAGACAUUCGCCUGGUCCCAUCCCAAUUUGCCUCGGGAUAAUGAGUAGCAGCCUCUCGCGUGUGACGUCAUGGGGUGCUUUGCUCUCAACCGCGCUGCGGCCACGGCGGCUUUUGUAUGCAAAUCGUAUGCUUCAGGGGGGAAUAUUAUCGAACAAACAGCCUCACAAGAAUCAAGGAACGCCUACAAGGAUUGUUUUCGAGUACAAUUAUCAACUUGUUUUAGUUCCGGAGCAAAUGACCGGGCCAGAAAUCCCCAGCAUAACCGAGAUGUGCUCCAAAGCCACCAACCGCAUUGCUGGUGAAAAAUUGAGACUAUGUGUGAGUGUUCUCGCUUGUUGUCCACACUUUCUGUCAUAUGAUACUAAUUAGUUUGGGUGUUAUGAAAUUUCAGAAAGCGAGCCUUUCUCCAGCAUCUUCAAGUAUGUAAAUAAAGCUUGCAAAAUGUCGCGGCGUCUCAUCGAGGGCAAGGUGGUAUACGAUGCAGGUCACAUUGUUGAAUGCGUCAUCGAGGCUGUUAACAGAGACAAAAUCACUGUCCCUGUAGUCGUCCUGCUCUGUAAAUUCAUCACACAACGUCGCCCUUGUGAUCGAUGACAGUGAAUGCUCGCUCUUCGUGCAAAGCAGCAUGAGGCAAUGUCUACAUGUAACGUAACAUAGAACACAGCAUGGCAAAAGCAAGCUAGUUUCUGUUCACGUACGUGCCUUAACGGGAAACAUAAAGAGUUCUGCUUUGCAUAAAGUUUCUGUGCUGCCUCAGGUGAAAACUUUUAUGGAGUGUGCACUGAACAGCGGCGGCAGGUAUCACUUAUGAAUUUAUGAUAAGCUGUCCUAUAGACGGUUUUUUUCGUAGGCGCCGCCAUCUUGCUAGCGGAUGGCCCUUUUCUGGUCUGGCAACCCAUCUGGCAUGCAGGAAGUUCGCUUGCAUAGAAGAUAAACGUGCGGCUGGGGGAUAUCAUUUUCUGUUUGUUUUUAUGUGGUGAAUUUAGACUGAUGUGAUGCAUGUUCUUUAUAAAAUGAAUCUAUGAGACGUACUGAAAACGUUAAAGUCGCUGAGGGUCAAUUGUUUUAUUACACAUUGCCGCUAACGAGUCCGCUACUGUUGAUGCAGUAUAUUUGAAGCCCCAACUUUGUGCUCGAAGAAUGCGCUGUCCUUUAAGGUAUUUUUGUUGCAGAAUGAGCGACAACACUUUGAGAGCAUAGUGAAUAUCUUUCUUGAGCUGUAGUCAUCCACUUUUCUAAUGAGAUUUCUUUACGCCAAAUUGUCGCAUCGGCUACUGCUCUUGCAUGAAGCUGUGCGUUAAAGUGUACUGGUUCUUCUUUAUUUCCUGGCACUGGCAAUUUUUACUAACUGCUCACUAACUGUUGUCUAAAUUCUUUCUUAACUCUGAAGGAGUUCGUCUUCAUUUCCUGGCACUGGCAAUUUUUACUAACUGCUAAACAACUGUUGUCUAAAUUGUUUCUCAACUCUGAAGGAGUGACCGUAUCUUACUUGCUUGUUUGUUUUUACAAGUGUGCACUUAAAUACAGCUCUUACAUCAAAAAAUGCUGACGGGCCUGCGUGUCCCCUUUUUAUAUUCUUUUUUAAUAGCCAUGUUUGAGCGACUCUCGGUGCCGCAGUACUUUGACCUGCAAUAAAGAUAAAAAUGUUGUGUGGUGCUGUUUA